AUGGUCUCUUGCAAGCGUCUCGCUGUGUUUGACUUUGACUGGUCCCUUAUCGAUGUAAAUUCUGAUAUUUGGAUUUUUGACGAUCUAAGUAAGGAGUCGAGACUCAAAUUAACUGAACUACACAAACAGGUUCAAUGGACGGAUUUGAUGGAUCUUUUACUGGGAGAGCUUCAUGAAAAAGGAAUCAAUAAAGAGCAAAUAUUAGAGUCUCUAGCAAAGGUGCCCUUUAGUCCAUCAAUGAUUGAAACUCUUCAAGUAAUGAAGAAUGGCGAUGCCGAUAUCAUUAUCAUAUCCGAUGCAAAUUUAAUAUUCAUUGAAACCAUCUUGAAGGCUCACGGCGUGCAUCAUCUAAUAUCAGCUAUCAUCACUAAUCCUGCUGCUUGGGAUGAAAACGGAAGAUUACGAGUCCAGAGGCUCAUCAAACAUACCGACGAACCACAUCAUUGUUUGAAUAAGUGUGCCGUUAACAUAUGCAAAGGACGAGAAUUAGAAACCUAUUUGGCAUCGAGUCCCGUAAAAUAUGAUAAAAUUAUCUAUGUUGGUGAUUCAGUCAACGACUUUUGCCCGGCCACAAAGAUGUCCAGUAACGAUACAGUGCUGAUAAGGAAAGGCUUCAGACUGGAAGAGUACCUUAAUGACAGGUUAUCGGCAACAACAAAGAUCAAGUCUAAGAUAAUAUAUUGGAAUGACGCAGAACAUGUCUUGCAGAUUACAAAAAACGAGUUUGCAAACGAAGAGUCACAAGUAUGA